AUGUCUGUCAACACUCAUGGAGAAAGCUCGCGAGCCUUCGCGGCGACUUCGACAUCCAGUACUGCAAGUACAAGUAACCCUGCUCUCUUUAACAGCCCCGACAGAAGCUUCGACAGUCAGGACGGCGGCAAGAGGAAUCGGUACCAGUACAGCUGUCUACAGUGUCAACGCCGUAAGCAACGAUGCAGUCGCAACUUUCCCUGUGAGAAAUGUACGCAGCGUGGUAUAGCCCAUUUGUGUUCGCCGCCUUCGAACCUCCAUCGGCCCUCCAGACGAAUACGGAUGAGGCAGAAGCUAGCUAUGGCAAGCUCCGAUCAAGAUCCAUCCAGCAGCCAGCAGGAGCUUGAACAAGAACAAAGCACGGAGGACCAACUCGAAGCAAUGGAUGAUACGAACACCUACGAUCUCUAUGACGACCAUCGUCCAACCUCCUCGCGACAAGCAACGUCCCAUCUGGUAGCUUUAGGCCGCUUGCGGUCCGGCCAAACAUAUCUGCAGCAACCGCAGCACGACAUCCGUUCCUACCAGCACUGUGUACAGCAGCAUUCGCCUCAGCGAUAUCAGCACGCAGAGUCCCAUCAACAUCGACGCUCGCAGUCUUCUUACCAGGGGCAUCCUCACCCUGAAGUUUCACCCGUUUCAAGCUCUUUAGCGUCUUCACGUAGAAUGGUGCCUGACGCAAUUUCAUCUCCGAAUCAAGGACCUGAAGCAUUCCAAGGCGAGAAUGCGCUUGCUCAGCUUGCCACCGUAGCUCAGUGGCCAUCGCUUCAUCAGCAGGAGCGGCCUGAACAACAGAAAGCGGCAACCGGCGCUAUCAACGCAACACCAUCUACUUUGCGAAGCAAACACAGCGUACUGGAACCGGAUCAACGCAGCAUGGUCGAUGCUGAUGAUGCUUUCAUAGGCAAGCCAGCGCUCAAUGGUCUCGGCUGGAACCCAUUUCGUCGUCAUGAAGGAGUCAGCACCGACCUCUUAUCCUGGACUGGUCAACUUGGCAGGGGCUUCGGUCUGGUCAUACCCAAGUACGAGUUGAGGUCGGUUCAGCAGUCCCUUCCAAGCAAGGCUGAGGCUGCCAGGCUCUUGCAGAUCUACCUUGAUGACUUCAACUGGUCCCGCUUCCCCUCAAGCGCGCAAGAAGUGACCAAAGCUGUCGAGUACUGCGUCGAGCGAUGUCCGAUCUCGGAUGAUGUACAGAUGUUGCCGCUCAUGGCUUUUUGCCUAUCUAUUUUCGGCUUGGCGACCCUUGAUCUGGCUGUACGUCCAUACCCGACUCGUCCUUCUCGGACAUACUUUUUCGCUGCCAGAAAGGCAUUGUCGCUAUCCGAAAGCCUGGGACUACAUACGCUCGACUCACUUUCCGCUUCAUUGAACUUGUGUAGGUAUCUCGAUCUCUGCCGUGUUCCACGGUCCACUUGGCUUCAAGUAGCUUCAUGCAUGCGUGGAGCCAUAGACCUUGGGCUACAUCUUCAUGGAGCGUACCUUGGACAGAACUGCUCUGCAACGUUGCAACGACGUGUGCUCUGGUCGCAUAUUGUCCAUCAGGAUCGAGAAUGGAGUGUGCUCUUCGGCCGUCCGAUGACCGAGAUCCCGUUCUCCACCACACCCUCGCCAUCCUUACAAGACUACCUUAGCCUUGGGCUUGAGUUGGCGUGUGCACAGUACCUGGUCGUUCGCGAUGCCUUCCGGGUCUUUAUCGAGCGUAUCUCGCGUCUCUUCCAGGAGAUUGCUGCGAGCUCCAACUCUUCGCCAUCAUCAAGGAUCUACGAGCGUGCUCUCGAGAUCGACCGCGACAUUGUCGACUUCACCGAGUCCUUACCGCCUUGCCUGUCAACCUCACUUUCACUGUCUGGUGGAGCCAUGAGGCAUCAGGACUUCUCAACCAUCUUCUAUCACCACCUUUGCACCAACCAGGUCAUCUUCUUCCGUUCGCUGCUCCAUCGACCUUUCUGGAUGGAGUCUUCAGACCUUAUCUCGGCGGACAAAUACAAGCAUUCACGACAGAUCUGCGUCGACUUGGCCCUAAGCGAUCUGCGCGGACGGAGACUGCUCUCGCGCCGUAUUCCGGUGACAAUGCUCUGUCAUCUAUAUGGCAGUGCUUACUCGCUUCUCAGCAUGAAUACAAUCAUUGCAAGCGAUAUGCUCUUCGCGCUUGAGCUCGGAGAAGACCUGCAAGUGGAGGAAGUCUUGGAGAAGCUCGGCUACAUCCAAGAAUAUGUUGCCACGGUUCGUGCCAACAUCCAGGAGUCGCGUGGUGACCAUCUGGCCGUCAAAGAGCUCUACGUAAUGCGAUCACUUCUGAAACGCAUCCAGGACAAGGUAGCAACGCUCAACCCGCAGAGUGUAGGAUAUCAAGUGCUUGGCGUUCGCUAUGCAGGAGGAUGUGCCGAUAGGCUUGCGAUGACGCUCAUGGAGUUGCAGAGCGCAGCCAACUUGCUGCUCAAUAUGGCUCGUGCUGGUGUCCGCAUUGACGAUGCCACAUGUAUACCUCCGAGCGGCGAGGAUAGGGCCUUAAGUUCUCUCUCGAAUCCUAGCUCAGGUCCUUCGCCGGAAGGUACCAAUACCAUUUCAGGACAGCCCAUGCCUCAGUCACAGAGCUACUCAGCAGGAGACGACGCUGUUUUUGCAAUCGAAUCCAGUCGAAGCGCAGGAUCAAUGUCCGACUUGCUGAACCCUCUCAAUGGCAACGUAGUCACGCCGUCAGCGGAGUCGCUUGAUCUCUUCUUGGCGAAUGCCGACGACUGGCUGUCUUCUCUGCUGAAUCCCGGAGCUGCCGCCUUCUCUGCUCCCACACAGCCGCUCGACCUGGGUUUCUCUCUAUUCUGA